GGCGGCCGUGAUGAGUUGUAGGAGGAGCUGGCUCUUCGGUGGCGCUGAGGAGCGGCUGCUGCUGCUGCUGGCCUCUUUGCAGAUGUAUUGCUGUCAUUGAGUAUUGGCCUACCUGAAAGUGCUAAGGGAAAUUCCGCCAUCAGGAUGUCCAAGUACAAACUGAUUAUGUUAAGACAUGGAGAGGGUGCUUGGAAUAAAGAGAAUCGUUUUUGUAGCUGGGUGGAUCAGAAACUCAACAGUGAAGGAAUGGAGGAGGCUCGGAACUGUGGGAAGCAACUCAAAGCGCUAAACUUGGAGAUCGAUCUCGUAUUCACAUCCAUCCUUAAUCGGUCCAUCCACACGGCCUGGCUGAUCCUGGAAGAGCUGGGGCAGGAGUGGGUUCCAGUGGAAAGUUCCUGGCGUCUAAAUGAACGUCACUAUGGAGCUCUGAUCGGCCUCAACAGGGAGCAGAUGGCUUUGAAUCACGGUGAAGAACAAGUGAGGCUCUGGAGAAGAAGCUACAAUGUGACCCCACCACCCAUUGAGGAAUCGCACCCUUUCUACCAUGAAAUCUACAAUGACCGGAGGUAUAAAGUGUGUGACGUCCCUGUGGAUCAGCUUCCCCGAUCUGAAAGCUUAAAGGAUGUUCUGGAGAGACUCCUUCCCUUUUGGAACGAAAGGAUUGCUCCUGAAGUAUUAAGUGGCAAAACCGUUCUGAUAUCCGCUCAUGGAAAUAGCAGCAGAGCUCUCCUGAAGCAUCUGGAAGGUAUCUCUGAUGAAGACAUUAUCAAUAUUACUCUACCCACUGGAGUCCCCAUUCUCCUGGAACUGGAUGAGAACCUGCAUGCUGUUGGGCCCCACCAGUUCCUGGGUGACCAAGAAGCUAUCCAAGCUGCCAUUAAGAAAAUAGAUGAUCAAGGAAAAGUGAAAAAACGAGCUGAAAAAUGAAGGCUUUCCCAUUUGAUGGCUAGGAAUGGCUAGGAAUGGCUGCAAAAGAAGUGGCAUGCAGUGUUUUAUGGGUGCUGAUCUCUCUCUCUUUUUUUCCCCCUGUUUUUCCAGAACUGGGCUAUGGGGUAGAGUUUAUAUAGGUAACUACGUAACUUAUGUUGCUCAGAUAAAGGCUUUAGGAUGCCUGAGUAGGCAUGAGUACUCACUAGGCAUGAGUAGGAUGAACUCUCCUGAUAGUCCUAUUUGAGUUAGUGUUGUGGGGCUAAUUAGUAACCAGAAGGGCUUAAUCAAUGUCCUAAAUAUCCAAGAUAGGAGAGUAACAAGUAGAGGUGAAGUUUAAGGUUUUCAUCAUUCAAUACGUCAUUACUGAGUCACUAUUGAGAGACACUACUUAUUCUAGUAAGUAGUUCAUGUUCAUAUUUACUAAGACUUUCUGGGAUGAUAGUAAGGUAUAUUAGAAAUAUGCUCUACUUAAGUAUUUAUUAUCAGACUUCUCCUUUGGGAAAAGGGAUGCUUUUCCAGUUAAAACCAGAGGCCCAUUAAAUGGGGGAUAUCAUAGAUGGGUUUCUUCAAGAAAGCCAACAACAAACUAUAAGGCCCUUUGCCUUGUCUCUAGUCCAGAGACAUUCUUUCUUUGACAUUUGGAAGGAUUGCCCUUUGGCUGCUAGAAUUAGCAGCAUGGACACAGCCCUAGCUGUUUGUGUUCUCCUUUUGUUUUGUUCUGUUAAACUUCAAUCUUUGGGUACUUAAAAUUGGUUUAAAAAUAAAGGUCUGUGACCAAAAAAUGAAUAUCCCCGAAGCAUCUCCAUAUAUGUGAUGAACAUUAAGCAAAGGCAUCUGAACUAGUCUUUGGCUCAGAACCUUCCUGGGAUACUCACAGAGUUGCAUGGACACUCACAAUUCUCUACAAAUUGAACAUCCGGAUCUGAGGGAAGGUAGAAUAUAGUGCACGUAAUUUUAUCACGUGAGCAGGGAAAAUAUGGUACAUUGGGGCUUGUCCUGUACAUGAAUUAUUCACCAGCUGAGAGCAAACAAUUAUGGUACAUAGCGUAGAGCAGUGUGGGUAGGCCAUGAACAGACAGGAUUACUUCUCAAUCUCAAUGACCCUGUUUUCUAGAUCAUAUUUUUAAACAUCAUGGGUAUGCAAGUCCUCUUUCUUUAAACUCUUGCCUUAUUUCAAGGCAGGUGACCUGUAUUUCAGUGAUAAAGUCAUGUGGGAAAAAUUGUAGCUAUUUAUCAGUUUUUCAUGAUUUUUUCCUUUGGCAGAUUAAUCUGUUUGUAUGGUAAAUGGCCAUAGAAGAAAACUAAUUUAGAACCCUCGCUACUGCUUGGUCUUCAUUUAGUCCUUACAGUAGGACUCUUCCCGCACUGGCAAUGAACAUGGCUGGGAAGAAAAGCUGGACUGUGGAUGCUUUACAUUUCUGACCGACUCGUGGUGUCUACUGUAGCCCUUCAUUUUAGUCCAGUUGCUUAACCAGUGAAUUCAGAGAUCAGAUCUUCCUAGAAUACCAUUCUUUAACAGUUUCGUCUCUGGAACUGACCUCUGAAUUUUCUAACCCAACCGGUGACCGUAUCUUAAUGUGGCUCAAGACCCUAGAGUUGGAGUCUUUCCUUGUCCUGCAGUGAGAUGUUCACUCCCAGGGUACCCCCUGGCCCGAUGAUCUACUUCUACACACAAAGCUACACUCAGAACCAGGCAGUUUGGAAUCUUGCCAAUUUCCUCCAAUAGGGUUUAUUUUUGCCCACACUUUUCUGCUAUAAUUUGGCUUAUUGUUUUUGAGAUCUUGGCUGAAAUAAAUGAGACAUUUCUGAAAA